CGUUUUCUAUAUAUAACCCUCCAUCCAUUGCUUAUGUGUAUCUUCCGUGGUCAUCCAUACUACUCCCCUGGCCUUUAUCUACACGUAUCCACGUGUUUGUGUGUGCGCGCGUGCGUAUAUAUAUACGUAACCCACCCUCUCUAUAAUUCCGCACUAAUUUCUUCAAAUCCAUUUGAGUGUUUUCAUUUGAUUAUUUUUCUUGAUUCAUUACCCUCGGGACCUUCGGUUCUCAAAGAGAGCGUUUCGUCCCAAUUUUCCUGGGAAAGUCUGAGUCGGGGGAAUUUUUCUCGGGAAAACGAAGGAAACCGUACGUCAUGGAAAACCCUCUUCAUCUCAAGUCGCUGAACCACAUCUCUCUGCUUUGUCGGUCCGUGGAGGAAUCGAUGAACUUUUACCAGAACGUGUUAGGGUUCAUCCCCAUCCGGAGGCCUGGCUCUUUCGAUUUCGACGGUGCAUGGUUGUUCGGACAUGGAAUCGGAAUUCAUCUUCUGCGAUCCCCGGAGCCAGAGAAAAUGCCGAAGAAAGAAGAGAUUAACCCCAAGGACAAUCACGUGUCUUUCCAGUGCGAGUGCAUGGAAGCAGUGGAGAAGAAGCUGAAGGAUAUGAAGAUAAGGUACGUGAGGGCGGUGGUGGAGGAAGGAGGAAUACAAGUGGACCAGCUCUUCUUCCAUGACCCGGACGGCUUCAUGAUCGAGAUCUGCAACUGCGAAUGCCUGCCGGUGAUCCCUCUCGUCGGCGAGAUGGCCCGUUCGUGCUCCCGACUCAACCUCCACCAGGUCGCCACCCAACCCUCCCAGCCUCAACCCAUCCAGCCUUAACGUAACGUGCGUGCGUACGUACCUACUACCUUCUCGGGUCGAGAGCGCCCCUCUAUCUAUAUAUAUGUAUGCAUGCGUAUAUGACCGACGUGCCCAUGAAGGAGAAGAAGAAUAAAGCGAGACGUUGGUCUUUUUGGGCGGUGUUAUUUUAAUUAAUUGCUACAAAUAUGUGGCAUGUUGUUUUAUAAUAUAUAUAUAUAUAUGUGUGACAUGAUGUUGUUGUUGUAUUAUUAAUUGAGUCUUGCGUUUGUAUUGGCGGUGUUGCAUUCGGCUUUUGUUUUGUUGUACUUGUGGGGUGGGAUGUGAUUCCUCUCAUUGGAAAGUGAUCAUUCGCUUCGCUCC